AUGAAAAUAAAUUUGCAAAAAUAUAAAUAAUACAUAGCUCUUAAUUUAGCGGAGGUUGAUCAUAUGAUAAAGGAGGCUCGAUUGGAUUUUGGGUGAAAAAAAUAUUUAUUGGUGGUGGAUCAUAAGAUAAUGGAUUAAUUAAGAUUUGAAGAUGGGUUGAAUUGAGUGAAGAGUUUAAUGAUGAUUCAUAAGUCACAUAUAAUGGUGAUUAUAAGAAUGGUAAGAAAGUUGGUAUGUGGGAUAUUGUAGCAAGGGUAAGAAAGAUGUUGACAUUUUUUAAAUUUAAUUUUUAGUGGUGGAGUUUUAUAUACUGAAGGAGAUUCAACUAAAAUUGGAAGUUGGAUUGAACUGAGUGAAGGAUUCAAAUGUAUUUCUCAAGUCACUUAUAAAGGAGAAUAUAAAAGUGGUUGA